AUGAGUUGUCGGCAAAGUGUACAUACCGAGAAAAAGUACCUAUCGGCAAAGUGUACAUGUCGGCGAAGUGGUGUCGGCCAAGCAAUACUCGCACCAUACGAAGUUCAAUUUUAUGCAACAUUAUAUGAUGGAUUAUAUAAACGUUUUUAUGGACAAACAUGGCUUAGUCAAUGGCAUAAAGGAAAACUUGCCGAUAAUUUAUUUCGUGUUAAUUUUAACGAGCCGUUAUAUUUUCAUAUACCAAUCUCUGAUGAAGAAAAUUAUUUGGUUAUCCAGUUUAUGUUUCGUUCGGAUGAAGAAAGAGAAGAUAGAAAAGAACUUGCUGGCGGUUGGACAAUAAUUAAUUUACGUGCACCAGUUGAAAAUGAUCGGAAACCACUUAGCAUGAAGUGA